GAAAGGUCGAAUUGUACAGUAGGGAUCAGACGUUUUAUUCGAAAGAUAGUAUACCUGAAAGCGAUAUUGGAUGUAUGGGAAAGCUGUUUAGUGACGACAUAGAUGGAAAUUCCUUACCGAAUAUUGGACAGUUUAAUAUCAGUUUCACGCCAGGAGGAAUUAUGUUCCCUAUAGCUCGGUUGCUUGUGUUCUAUGUUCGAAACGAUGGAGAAAUAGUGGCUGAUUUAGGAAUAUUUCGCAUAAAGAAAUGUUCGAAAACUAAAGUGAAAUUUAGCAUUCCUCAGAAACAGCAAUAUCCGAGCACCGAAGCGAAAAUUAUGUUAUCCGCUAAUCCUUCAUCCAUCUGUGGCAUCGAUUUCGUAGAUAAGAGUGUUCAACUACUUCACGACGAUACGGAGUUUAGCGAAGAAAAUGUUAGAAUCCUAAGUUUAUUUCAAGAUUUUUAAAUGUCCCUACCAUUGAAAAUAACAGUUUCAACUUUAUGUAAUACAAAUGAUUCGUUAUAAAUUUGUUCUUUUCCCUAGUUAUUCAAAUGGACGGAAAACUUGUAUCGUGAUCACGAAUUUGAAAUAAAGGCCUUCCGUUGUUAUUUUCCAACG